AUGCCACUGUGUCUUACCCGUUUACCUCCUUUUCCGGCCCUUCCUCUCCUCCUUUAUCCUCCUAAUGCUCUAGCCGUACGGUCAUUCUUCCACACUGCGGCAAUACAUGCCAGAAGCCACAGCCCUUCAUACUACGACAUCCUAAAUGUCUCAGCAACAGCUACAACGGCAGAGAUCAAAAAACAGUUCUAUGCUCUCUCCCUUGCCCAUCACCCAGACAAGAACCCCAAUGAUCCAACAGCACAUGCCAAAUUUUCCUCCAUAUCCUCCGCAUAUCACGUUCUCUCCCACGCGACGAGACGAGCCAACUAUGACCGCGAACACCACAUUCACCAGCCAACCAGGCCCCCAUACACGAGCUCCCACCACUGCAAAGCGGCAUCGUACGUAGGCUCCCGACCACCGUUUGGAUUGAGCAAACAACGAGGCGAAUUCCAUGGACCACCCCCAAGCUUCUAUGCGCACGGCGGCUAUGGCGCGGGUCGCCAUCAUCCCCAUCAUCAUCCCCACCAGACACAUACAUCCAAUACAUCCUCCACCUUCUCUGCGUCAACCGCAUCCUCAGACCCAAUCGCUACAUUCAUAUACCACAACCCCAUCUCCCACUUCGACGCGCAAUCUCAUUUCCGCACACAGCUACACGAGGACGAGAGAAGGCGUGUCCGCCGCCAAAGGGCGAUGGAGCGGGAGAAAGCGCGCAUCCGAGAGCAAGGAGGGCUGCUUAUGGAAGAUGCUGAUGGGAGUAUGUCUAGGAGUGUUUUUGCCAUAUUGGCAAUUUUGGGGCUAGGUACUCUGGCUGCGAGUUUGGGGAAAUCAUUUAUUCCUGCGCAGCCAACUCCUGCUGGCAUACCUCGCAAAGAAUACCCAGCUACCCCCCGGACUCAUUCGACAACCAAAGGUGCACGAGCAUAG